AUGGCUUCAACCACGAUGACCAUGGCGAUCAUGGAUAUAGCGACGCUCACUCUGAGAAGCUCCUUUGGCAGCUUUGCUCUGUUGUUCGUGCUCUUGAUUUCGACCAAAGUCACGACCAGCGUCGCUCUAAACAACGCCUUUUUGAGCGUCAAGUACAAGUACGCAGGCCGCGAGCCUUCCUUGAGUGCCCUUAAAGCUCACGAUACCCAGCGGACCCUUCGGAUUCUCGCCGGCGUUGAUCUCCCUUUGGGUGGCUCUGGCCGCCCUGAUGCCGUCGGUCUGUACUACGCUAAAAUUGGCAUUGGAACACCUACGAAGGACUACUAUGUGCAAGUUGACACUGGAAGUGAUAUUAUGUGGGUCAACUGUAUUCAAUGCAAAGAUUGCCCACAAAAAAGCUCACUUGGUAUUGAUCUUACACUAUAUGAUGUUAAGCAGUCUUCCUCCGGUAAAUUGGUUACUUGUAAUCAAGAAUUUUGCUUAGAGGUGAAUGAUGGUCCACUGUCUGGAUGUGCGGGUAAUAUGUCAUGUCCCUAUCUACAAAUAUACGGAGAUGGCAGCUCCACUGCUGGUUAUUUUGUCAAAGAUGUUGUGUUUUAUGAUCGAGUGUCUGGUGACCUCCAAACUACCUCUGCCAAUGGGAGCGUCAUUUUUGGGUGUGGUGCUACACAAUCUGGUGAUCUAGGCUCAUCCGGUGAAGGAGCACUUGAUGGAAUACUUGGCUUUGGAAAAUCAAAUUCUUCAAUUAUUUCACAGCUAGCUUCAUCUGGAAAAGUGAAGAAGAUGUUUGCUCACUGCUUAGAUGGGAAGAAUGGAGGUGGUAUCUUUGCUAUUGGGCGAGUUGUGCAGCCAAAAGUUAAUACGACUCCUUUGGUACCAAACCAGCCGCACUACAAUGUCAACAUGAAAGCAGUUCAAGUUGGCCACACUUUUCUAAAUCUUCCAACAGAUGUGUUUGAAGCGGGAGAUAGCAAAGGGACAAUAAUUGACAGUGGUACAACCUUGGCUUAUCUUCCAGAUGUGGUUUAUGAGCCCUUAGUAAGUAAGAUUAUCUCUCAGCAGAAGGAUUUGAAUGUUCAAACUGUUCACGGAGAGUAUACAUGCUUUCAGUACUCAGGAAGUGUUGAUGAUGGAUUUCCUCCAGUCACCUUAUAUUUUGAAAAUUCACUUUCUUUGAAGGUGUAUCCACAUGACUAUUUGUUCCCUUAUGAAGCCUUUUGGUGUAUCGGUUGGCAAAACAGUGGGAUGCAAUCAAGCGAUAGGAAGAACUUGACCCUUUUGGGAGAUUUGGUACUUUCGAAUAAGCUAGUCCUGUACGAUCUUGAAAAUCAGACCAUUGGAUGGACUGAGUAUAACUGCUCGUCAAGUAUUAAAGUACAGGAUGAACAGAGUGGAACAGUACAUUUAGUAGGUUCUCACUAUAUUUCUUCUUCUGCUUGCCAUUUGAAUACCGGACGGGCUAUAAUCUUCUUGUUGCUAACCAUGCUGCUGCACAGUCUAGUUUAG